AUGGCAGGCGCGCACACUCGUGUGGAGGCAGCACUGGGAGUUGGAGAAGCAGCAGGGCCUUGGGGUUUUGAGACGUCUCAAAGCGCGCACAGUCACGUGGAGGCAGCACUCGGAGUGCAGGGAGUUGGAGAAGCAGGGCCGCCUUGGCCUCCCGACAACCUGCAUCACUCUGCUAGUUUCCAGGCUGAUAGGCAACAAGGAGAGCCGUCUCGGCAGCACGUGCAGGCGGUGCACCAUGGGCGGCUGUUAAGGCGUGAGGGGGUGCUUCAUCUGUGUCGGCUGCUGCUGCUUGCAGCGUGGGCAGCGGCGUGCAUUGCCGGUGCCUGGGGGCUGGCUGGGGACCACCGCGGCCUCAGAGCCCUUAAUGCACCUUUCGCCUCCAACGCUUCCCCGUGCACCACCAUUACACCACCCUCACGCCACCCUCACACCACCACCCUCACACCACCCCCUCACCACCCCCUCACACCACCCCCUCACCACCCGCACGCCACCCUCACACCACCACCCUCACACCACCCCCUCACCACCCGCAAUCCACCCUCACACCACCCUCACACCACCCUCACACCACCCUCACACCACCCUCACACCACACCUCGCACCACACCUCGCACCACCCCCAAACCCCCCUUCAUCUGCCCUCUCCCCCCAACCCCCCUUUACCCAACGCCCCCCUCUCUCCGGCUCCUCCCCCCUCUACCAGACUGUGCAGACAUCUUGGCGGCAGGGGUGGCUCUCACUCCCACCACCCAUACGCACUCCUCCGCGCCCCCCUCCUCCACCUCCGACUCGAAUAACACCUCCCCCAUUGUAGAUAGCACCUCCCCCAACUCUACCUCCAGCAGCAGCAGGGCAGGCGAGUGGGGGCACCACCGGAGGUACGAGCGGCGGGAGGUGGAGUGCUGGAGCCGGGCGGAGCUGCCUUGCUACGAGGGCAUGAGCAGGCACACGCAACAACAAGGCAAAGGCGAAGGCAACACGGAUAGUUCUUUCUCUGAGGCACAUGCGCAGGUGAAGCUGCGGCAGUACCACACGUACCGCCGCGAGUGCCUCCACCGCGAGCCCCUCGACCUCCUGCGCUCCACCCUCCUCGCUGGCAACCCCACCUCUUGCCGCUACCUCGUCUUCUACCACCCCUCUGACGGCCAGGGCAACCGCCUCAUCUCCCUCGUCUCCGCCUUUGCCUACGCGCUGCUGACCGAUCGGAUUUUUCUGUUGAGCUCUAAGAGUGGCCCCGCUGCCGUGCUGUGCGAACCGUUUGAGCAUGGCGAGUCGUGGGUGCUGUUUGGGCGCGAGGAGAAGCUGGAGGAGCAUCAUGCGCAGGUGCUGCGAGUGAAGGUGGCCAGGGAGUGGCGGGAGGUGAGGCAGGGGAGGGAGAAGAUGGGGAAGAAGGGAGGUGGGCGGAGGAGGCUGGUGGAAGGGUUGGUGCAGGGGGGGAGAGAAGGGCGGUGGAGGGAGCAGUGUCUACGAGUGGACAUUUUUCACUCGACCCCUUCCUCCGGUUUCCUCUUCUUCUGCGAAUCCGAGCAGCAAUGGCUCUCCCGCACGCCCACACUCCUCCUCUCCUCCAACCAGUACUUCCUGCCCGCCCUCUACCUCCUCCCCUCGUUCCGCCGCCGCCUGCUCCUCCUCUUCCCCUCCCACCAGCCCUUCCGCUCCCUCGCCCGCCUCCUCCUCUUCCCCCGCAACCGCAUCUGGGCGCAACUCACCCACCGCUUCCACUCCCUCAUCGCCCCCGCGCCCGCGCGUAUUGGCCUGCAGGGCCGCUUCCCCACGCACGCGAACGAAGGUCGACUGCGGUACGACACGGUGAACAUGGGUCGGUGCCUGUUGGAUGCUCUCAACUCGUCGGUCCUGCAGGAGGCCAGGGAGAUGAGGCUUGUGGCGGAUUGGGAAGAGGGCGGGCGAGGGAGGGGGGUGGUGGAGGGGGCUGGGGCAGCGGAAGGAGGGGAGUUAGGGAGAGUUUUCACAAGCAGUGGCGGCAGUAGCAGCAGCAGCAGUGGCAGCGACGGCAGUGGGGAUGACUAUGGGUUAGAGGGGUUGUCAGGGAAUGUGACAGAGGUGAUGGUGGCAUCUCUGAACGCGGCUCUGGUGCAUAACCUGUCAGUGGCAGUGACAGGCAACAUGAGUGCAGUGCGAGUGAGUGUGGGGCAUGACGCCACACACGCUGCCAUGGGUGUUAAGCUACCUCCCAUUAACACCAAUGCUGCUUCUCCUGCUCUUCCUGCUGCUGCUCCUGUGCCCACGUCUCCAGAUGUAGCCAACAGCAGCAGCAGCAACGGCGCAUCCGACACCCACGUGCACAUAGUCCGGCUAACGAUCGAUGAGAAGCAGAACAAUGGCGACAAGGCCGGAGUGGACCGAGCCAUGGUGGACAUCUACACUCUAGCUCUCUUUUCCGACGCCCUCGUCAUCUCCGAGGUCUCCACCUUCGGCUACCUCUGUGCCUCCCUCUUCGGAGUGCCCCGCACCACCUUCGUCAGUGCCACGUGCAAGCGAGCGCCGCCUGAGCCGUGCCUGCACUUCCCGCCGGGGAACAAGCGGUGCCCGGACGGGCAGGCACAGGUGCUAGAGCAGGCGUUGGCUGCGGACCCGCAUGUGCCGCUCAUGCACUGCGUGGAUGUGAGAAAUGGGCUCAUAUUGAAGCCUCUUGAAGGAUGGGAGUAG